AGAAUAACUUUCCGUUCGCCAUUUUCAAAUUGUUGUGUUACCAGUUACGGAUUCAGCAGAUACAUUAGGUUGGGACUUCUUGCGAUCCUGCUGAUAGAUCGACGCAUCACUGGCUUUCUCAGGAACAGACCUCUGAUCUGCCACAAUUACUCUUAGCAACUCAACAACCGGACAAGAACGGAGCGUUUUCUUGAUUUGUCUGCCAUUGAAAACUGCUGGAAUAACGGUGAUCUAUGUAUGAAUUGAGCAUGGUGCCCCUAAAACUGCUUCUUGUCGGAGUAACUGUGAUACUUUUAGGUACAACACUAUGCAGAGGUUGCACGCAGAAUUUGGCCAAAGGAAAACCCGCAUACCAAAGUUCCACCUACCAAAAUAGGUACGGAAUAACGGACUUGUACUAUGCCAGUCGUGCUGUGGAUGGUAACUAUAACGACAACGGUAAUCAUGGGAGUUGUUCCCACACCGAUGCUGGUCAGGGAGGAUGGUGGCUGGUGGACUUAAAAACCACGGCGAGGGUGGCCGGUGUUAUCAUAACAAACCGUCGCGACUGCUGCUCUUACCGUCUGACUAAUUUCGAAGUGAAAGUUGGAACCUCUUACGAUAAUAGUUCAUCAUUCACCCAGUACAAACUCUGCGCCAGUUACCCGGGGCAGGCUCCUGUGGGGAACACGUCUCUGUCCUGUGAAUCACCGCUGACAGGACGAUAUGUCUUGAUCAUUAAAGUUGGUAGUGACGACCAAGCAUUGCAGCUUUGUGAAGUGGAGGUCCAUGGAUUUAGAAGAUCAAUGAAGUUCAAGCAGGUAGCAGCAGAUGCUCGCGCAACCCUUGUGCCCCUAUCCACGCUGAAUGUCGGCAGCCUCAUCGAAUGCAGCAUCUCCUGUAUGCAGCGCUGGAAGUGUGCGGCCAUAAACGUUCUCUGUGCUGGAAAUAACCAAUGUGUCUGUGAACUUCUGCCCAGUACUGCCCAAUCCGGCGACUUGCAGGCACGCACUGGAUACAGUUAUUAUGAAGAUAACUGCUCGGGUACAGCGUAGGA